UUCCCAUCUAGUAAUCGCGUCAGCUCACUGUACACUGCGAGCGCUUGUUUCAUCUCAAUUCCUCUGUGUUCGCCUUCGUAGCACCUCGUACACUCUCCGUCGACCAACCAGAUCGCGUCGGCGCGUCUCUCUUCUUCGCGGUACCUGGAACAUCUGCGGCAGAUUCCACCAUUCAAACCCAAGCAUACCGUUUCGCGUCCAUUGGUGCAAUCCCUAAUUUCGUUAAGCUUAGCUACGGUUCCUAGCAACGCCCGCAAGACGCCGUCCUCUGCUCAAAAAUGGCUCAAAUCGCUUUGCCACGACAACAGGUUACCCAGGCACCAGAAUCCCCAGGCGUAGGCUCACCGCUCUACCAGCGCAGGCGCACUUCCAAUGCCGGACCCGUCGAACUAAUUCCGAAUCCUGAAUUCACAUUCCCUCAGCGAGGCCCCGAUGCAUCUUUUGAGCCCACUCCAACGUCCACGUCCCGACCGAUGUCUCUCCAACCAUCUCCCGCUGGUCGCAGAGCCUCGGCGCCGGGACCGAAACAGAAGUCGGUUUCCGCCCUGCCUGACUUCACUUUCAACCCCGCCGGAUCCGCCACCUCUCCCAACGCUCGAUUCACCCCUCCGCAUUCUCCCAUGGGCACGCCCACGACGCCUUCACGGCCAAUUGGACAUAGGCGUGGUGGAAGUGAGUUGAUCGGAGGGCGUGUUGGAGGCAUUCCCUUGCUGAGCUCAAGCCCGAGCCCGACCAGGGAGGGUGUACUGUCUUCCAGCGCUCCGCUGCCGCCCGGUCCACCUGCUGUCCGUCGAGGACAUGCCCACCGCCGCUCCGGAGCUAUAUCUUCUCACGACUUGUCCGCCAUCAUGCGCUCCGCCAACCCCAGUGCUCAACCGACGUCAGGAAGCGCGCCUGUAACACCUCAUGAUGGUGAUCAGUUUGUUUUCGGCCAUUCCGUGGACAAAUCAAUCUCCCAACCGUCUCUACGUGACACGGGGUUGUUUUCUGAGGACACCAAUUCCCCACCGCGACGCCCCCCUUCCAGGGCACGUGUGGGUUUCUCCGAAAAGGUCGAGUACAUCCGACCUUUGUCCACAAUCUCAUCGGAGACCGAAACCUCGAUGUCGACCAUCCGUGGCCACUCUGCUACAGGGAGUCUGUCGUCGAUUGUAAGUACCGGAGCCACAACCCCGCCACGGCUGAGCCGCCCUCCUCUGACGACCACGAUUGAGACGGAGGAACGUCCCAGCACCGCUGGUGCCAUUCUCGACAUGUCCCCACGGAAGGGUACGCACUUCGGAGGUGACCUCUUCACCCGGAAGCGUCCGAUGUCUGCGGUUCCCCCUGGCUCACCUACAGUUGUGUUUAGUCCGACGAGUUCUCAUGAACCAGCUAAGCGGCGAAGUUUCUUCCGCUUGGAGCCUCGACGCACUGAACCUAUGUUGGCCAAAAUCCCGACAAGUGCUUCGGACCCAGCGCUAUCUGCAUCGUUCUCAGCCUCAUUGCCUUCGCCGAUGAAGGACGAUGCGGCUGAUAAACGUGGGCAGAGAAAGGAAAAGCUCACCCUCCGCAAGACCAGCAAGAAACCUCGCAAGGUGAAAUCCUGGGCAAAUUCGAUCAUUUACCGAAAAGGGAAACACAACGGCAAGCCCAAAGCGAGGGCUCCUACGCCUCCUCUCGGAGCACUGGGGGACGGCGAGAAUCUCUCUUCGGACUCGGAAGAUUGGGAUUUUGAAGCCAACUUUGAUGUGGAUAAUACCGUGACGAUUGUCGAUUCUUCAGAGCAGUCUACUCCCCGGGCCAAGUACGAAACGGACAUUGCGUCCUGGAAACCCCGUGCUCUGAAGCGGGUCGAUUCAGACACCAUGAGCCCCGUGAUCGAUCUCGAUGCGGCACUCGGGCCCUUUAAUACUCCCGAUGGAUCCAACCCUCGAGUCACUCAGCGUGGGUUUGGUGCACAUAGGCGAGCUUUGCAUAGCGCUGGAGGGUUGUUGCAGAAUCACCGUCGGACAGAAAGUGCCCCUGAGCUUGUGCCCUUUGAGCUAAGAACAGCUGCGGUGAAGUCGAGCUCGACCAUGGCGGACGUCUUCGAGGAGGAUGAACCUGAAGAGGAAGCAGUCGCAUUGAAAAACUCUAAGCCUGUAGGAUGCAGCAAUAAGGAGAGCCACGACUCCGCGGAAGAGCCUAAGAUUCAGCUUGUCGAAAGUGAUGAGAGUCACAAAGGGACAGCCAUUCAGUGGAACUUCACAGACGGACUUGGUAUCAAGCGAGAGAGGGCUCGGCAGUCGGAAAAGUCUGAACAGCUGUCUCCGCUGCAGGUCCCGGCUCAGCUACCGAAAGAGAAGGAAGGCAAGAAGUCACUGGACGUCAGCCCUGUGGAAGUAGUCGAAGACCACGAAGAGCCGCGCACGUCCUCCCUCACCCACUCUUCGGAUUCCACGGUUACUCCACAGCUGACUGCUGAGGAGGGCAAGCAGGCUCAACCCGUCAUGACCUUGCCGUUGCCGCUUCCACACCAGAGCUUGAUGACACCUGAUACAUUCACAUCGUCCUUCUCAUCCCCGGACUUCCGAUCCAGCCAGGCCUCCUUCGAUACCCCAAGACUUGGUACUUCAGCUUCCUCGAUGACUGACUAUCGUACUCUGCCGUCUCCGCGUUUUAGCGAACCUGGACCGGAGAUGCGUGUGUCGGUAGACGAUGUGCCUUCGCUCUCAUCGUCAAGGUCCACAGCCAGCGCGAUGCCCACCGGAUUUCCUCUGCUUCCCCCUCGGCGCCCGAGUGAGCGCUCGUCGUCUCUCUGCUCUGUGCCUAGUGAGCUGGAUGAUCGUCGCCGUAAACGGUCAAGCAUUGCUAGCCUGUCCCGAUUGAUCAAUGGCUCUUCUUUUGGGGAGAAGAGCAAGUUGUCGAUUGAGCAGCGACCUCAUUCUGAAUAUCUGGAGCCGGCGAAAGAGGCCAAAAAGAAACAUCGACGUCUAAGCAAGCUUAUGUUCUGGAAACCGAAAGAUUCCUCUGAACCAUAGACUUUACGCGCGGACCGAACUCUAACGCUUUUAAUUGACGAAUGUGGCUGACGCUCGGCGGCUAUGCACACCCCGAUUGAACGACAUCAUGGUUAUAACUACACACCCCUCUUCCCGCAUGACACGGAGUUUUUGCUACGGCUACGAAUCUUCCCUAUGGCGCACACAGCGAU